AUGACUGAGCCUGAGAACUUCGAGGAUGAUCUCUUCGCCGACCUCUACGAUGACAACGAUGCCGCAAAGCCCGCGUCUGCUCCCGCUGCAGCAGCCCCCCCUGCCCCAGACGUUCAGCCUCCUACUAACAUUCACAACAACGACAAUGAUGACCAUAACGGGAUGCAGCAACAUCAGGAAACUGGAGGUGAUGAACACAUGACUCAAGAUCAAGAUGACGACGACGACGAUGUCGACUUCAAUCUCGGUGGAGGAGGAGGAUACGGCGCAUCCGGUCACACAGGCCAGGCUGAUAUGCAUGACGAUGCUCCAACGCCUCCAUACGGAACCGUACACAAGGCGAGUGCCAAAGAAGAUGGGUAA